GCUCAUUCGAAAAAUUGUAUACAAACAAGAGCUGCGACAAAGACAAAGCAAUCACUUGAUUAGAAUUUGUUACAGUUUAGAUUUUUUGUGACGACUUUAUAUUAUCUGCACUGUUGAUAUAUUUUGCUUACUUGUUUUCGUAAAGUGUUUACGAUUGUAUCUGUUUAAGAUUAUGCUAGCAAUGGAGGAUGUAAGUUCAGAAACAAUGUCUAAGAAAAGGAAAAUUAUUUCGCACUAUGAAAGUAGUAGCUCUUCCAGUUCAGAUGAGGAUAUUGUGUGCUAUAAAGAAAAACGUAAUAAAUAUAAAGCAAACCAAUCUAAGAAAACAUGUCACAAAGAAUGUACUGAAACUAAAAAAAUUAAAACAUCGGAAGAAAAUAAAAAACAAUUAAAUAACAAAUCGUUUAAAAAAAUUAAAAAAGAACGUCAAAACUAUAUAGAUCAGGAAGAAGAUGAAGAUAAAAAAAUUGAAUUGGAAGUAUGGUAUUAUCUGCUUCAUCAUUUAGAAGAAUCAGAGAAGUUAAUAGCACUAAAAUUACUUGUAGGCAUAAAUAAAAUGAAGAAAAACUGGAAAGAGAAAUUUUUAAAGAAUAAAUAUGUUGAUAAAAAAGUGGUUGAUGAAAUGAAAUUGGUGAUAAAAACUCUACAGGAGGAACAAGAAAAGAAUAGAGCAGAAAAAGAAAAAUUAAUACAAGAAAGGAAUAAACUUGAAAAGAUGGUAAUAGAAGAGAGAAAAUGCCGAAUUCAAUUGGAAGAAAUUUUGGCUAAUAAAAUUAAAAAAUCGAACGAAAACGUACUAAAUAAAGUUGAAGAAUCAAAUAAGGUUGAAACAUCAAAUAAAGUUGAAGAAUCAAAUAAAGUAGAGGUAUCAAAUGAUCAAUCUGAAGAUAAGCAACAAAGUCAAACAACUACAGAGAUUGUUUCAAAACAAAAACCAUCAACAUCUAAAUCAAAAAUAUCGUUGAACGAUAAUAAUAAUAAUAAUACACAGGUAUUAAAAAUAAAGGGUGACAUGAAGAACAGAAUAGAUUUAAGAGAUGUUCUGAAUCACAGAGAAAACUUAGGAACGAGAGAACAUCACAUAAACUCAGUUCCACCCCCUAUGAGAUAUUUUUCUUCAUUUGCGCCUCAACCUCCCUGUAGAAGGUUUCCUCCAAACUUCAAUAACCGAUUUUGUGUAAAAAUCAAAACUACUAUCAGACAUUUUUCUGAAUUAAUGAAAUUAAUUGAAAACAAGUUGAAAAUUCCAAUGCGCGUUAGCAAAGUGAUGCCAUUUAAUGGAGGUUGGAAAAUAGAAUUUCUUACACUGAAAGCCAAAUUUAAUUUUCUUAAACAAAGAAAUAAGCUCACAAGUAUAGGAUUACAUAUAACGCAUUAAUUUCCAAUGUCCAUGUGAUUUUAUUAUUAGUGGUAAAUAAAAGACAAUAGUGUUCUUCCAUUUUACAUUUAAUUAUUAAAUGUGCCAGAAUUUUUAAAAAAAUAAUUUUAAAAGUGACUUUUUUUGGUGAGUUUUUGUUGAGUGCAUAAGAUUUUGUUAAAGUUGAAGCUAAAGGGUCAAAGAUUGUUAAGUUCCAUUUAAAUACUCUGACAUGUGUUGUGUAAUUUAUGGUUCUUUAUGACGGUCAGCUCACAUUGAGUUUUCAAUUUUAACUACCACAUCGUCUGGUUUAAAUGGUCUAAAAAUUCAAGGGAAUCUGAUUCAGAGGCGCCAGAAUACUUUCUUUAUUCGUUGAAAUAUGAAGAGAAUAUUUUCUGUUAUUAUUGAUAUAAAUAACAAAGAAAUGAAAGCAUAAAAAGCAAUUUUUGGUUUGUUAAAAAGCAUAUUCUUUAAGAAUUAUUUGCUUAAAAA